AUGUGUUUGGAACUCUCGCUUGGCUCAAGGACACAAAACUGGAGGCUCUGCGGUGGGGGACAGAUGAUGAUGACGACUCUGCUGCUACUGCUCCUUAUUGUCCUCCACCACACCCCUGUUUUUCUGCUGGAGUUUCGCUAUCAUAACAACCGGCAGAUUGAAGAAUACCUCUCUCAAGUCAACUCUGACAACCCCGACAUCACUCACCUGUACAGCAUUGGCAAGUCGGUCAGAGGUCAAGAGUUGUGGGUGUUAGCUUUGGGUGUCAGUCCUGGCCGGCAUACUAUCGGAAUCCCCGAGUUUAAAUAUGUGGGAAACAUGCAUGGCAACGAGGUUCUGGGCCGAGUUCUAUUGUUACAACUCAUCGAGGAUUUGGUGAAGAGUUAUCGUAGCAAUGAAACCUGGGCUAUGCAGUUACUAAACAGCACAAGAAUCCACAUCAUGCCAACGAUGAAUCCGGAUGGUUUUGACUCGGCAGACACUCACUGCAUGUUCUCUCAGGGCAGGGGUAAUCACAAUGGAAUUGACUUGAACAGAAACUUCCCUGAUGCCUUUGCCUCUCAGUCAAUUGAUGAGACAAAAUGUGAAGCUGAGGUCCAGGCGGUGAUAGCGUGGCUGAAGAAAGAGACUUUUGUUCUUUCUGCUAACCUUCAUGGAGGAGCUCUGGUGGCCAGCUAUCCCUAUGACAACAGUAAUGGAGGCGACGAGCUAAUAAACGGAGCAAGCAUCAGUCCGGAUGACGAUGUCUUUGUUUACCUUGCCAAAUUGUAUUCCUAUAACCACGCCUCAAUGCACAAAGGGAAUCGCUGUACGGACACCAGACCAUUUGUGGAUGGCAUCACUAAUGGAUACAAGUGGUACGCCCUCCCAGGUGGAAUGCAGGACUAUAAUUACAUGUGGGCUCAGUGUUUAGAAAUAACGUUGGAAAUAUCCUGCUGCAAGUAUCCUCCCGUCAGUGAACUUCCUGCCAUGUGGACCGACAACCGAAAAGCGCUCAUUUCUUAUAUCCAGCAAGUCCAUUUGGGAGUCAAAGGGAGUGUAUUUGACAGCACAGGUGCCCCAGUUAAAGAUGCAGUGGUGGAGAUUACUGCUUCCUGGAAACUACACUUUCAGAGUAACACACCCGGAGCACCUGGUUUGGACUGA